AUGCCUCGACAGCUCGGGAAAUUAUCCAUUACCUCGGAGAAUGACCACCUCGCUUUCUUGAAGUUCCUCGCUUCUCAGCAGUGGAGUAGCCGAACCACCACCUCCUCGUUGCAGAACACACCCUCGAUUUGGUCGAGCACCUGGAAACACUUAAAUUCCUUGGCUUCCCUAGCUUCAGACAUGUUUUCUAUCCUUGAGACUAAUCUAGAUUCUGUACAGUUGCCUCAUUUCUAUUUUGAUGGCUUUCAUGGUUGGUUCCACUCCCAGCGGUUCUUGCCUCUUCAAAAGCCAUGCAUAAUGAAGUUGCCUCUCGCCGGCGUUUUAAGAAAUCAAGUAGACAGUGUCAUAUCAAAAGCUGAGGGCGAAUGUAGUAAAAAAAGGUUCCUAGUGUUUGACCAAUCAGGAGAUCAGACGAAUCUUGUGCUCACCUCCGACAUCAAGAAAUCAUUUGGGAGCCAAAAACGGCCUAAUAUUAAAGAAGAUCUUCAAAGAAGCAAGAAAGAUUUGGCUAGUUGUCAAGAAAUGAUGGGAAUUAGCGAACCAUAUUGGCAGAGUGAUGAGAAACAAGAAGAUACAUAA